AUACAAGAGGGAGAAAUGUUUCUUCCCAUCAUCUCCCAAAAAUACAGUAUAGAUCUGUCCCGAAUUCGCUCUCAUUUCAUUCCUGGAUUUCCACUUGAUGUGGCGAUGGCAAUGUAUCUCCCAGACAACACCCCAGCAGCUGAUGUACCAAUAAAUAUUACUAUUACUGUAGGCACCACACAGGAACACUGGCAAGGCACCACUGACCAGGAGGGAGCAGUGUAUCCUGUCUUUAAUAUUCCUAAAGCAGCUGAGAUUACAGUUGAAGUGUCAGCAGAUGGUAUUCAAAAGAGAAAAAUUAUAAGUGCUACUCAGCAAACUAAAAACUAUCUUCAUGUGGCAAUAACAAACAAGAUGUACUCUGUGAAUGAUUUUCUAAUGGUUACAUUUAACACUAUCAAUGGACCAAGUAAAGGCCAUAUAUACUACAUGAUUUUAAGCCGUGGGAUCAUAAUAAAAACCGGCUCACUUCUAAUAGGUACAUCAGUUGAACAUAAAGUACAAAUAACCACUGAUAUGGUCCCAUCUUUCCGUCUGAUUGGUUAUUAUUAUGGCACGAAUAGUGACAUCAUAGCUGACUCGGUGUGGGUCGAUGUCAGAGAUGAAUGUGAGAUAAAAGUCAAGGUAGAACACAAAGGAAAACCUAAGCCUGGACAUAGUUCUGUGCUAGAACUGGAUUUACAUGGUCAGUCAGCUAAAGUGGCUUUGCUGGCUGUGGAUAAAGCAUUCUAUGCUCUCAAAGCUAAUAAUAGACUCACAGACAAACAGGUAUUUUCUGAUAUGAAGUCAUAUGACCUUGGCUGUACAUAUGGAGGAGGAGCGAACUCUUUAUCAGUGCUCAUGGAUGCUGGUCUUUCUUUUAUAUCUCAGUCUGCAAUACGCUCGAGACAGAAUUUUGGGUGUAAUGCACAGACUGUACGACAAAGACGUUCUGUGGACCUUAAACAGGAAAUCAUGACUUUAGAGUUAAAGUUAAAACCUGAACUGCAAGACUGUUGCACUCGUGCAUUUUCUCUCAUCCCAAUGAGAAGAACAUGCGAGGAAAGAGCAACUAGGGUCCAACUAGUAAAAGGAAAUCAAACAUGUGUGGACGUUUUUAUAAAAUGCUGCAAAGCAGCAGAGAGGAUGAGACAAAAAGAGAUGCUAGAGGAUACCCAGGGUGGACUUGGCAGAACUGCAACUUCAGCUGCUAUUGAAAUGUUCUUUCAGGAAAAUUCAAAACAGUAUAUCCGGAGAUAUUUCCCCCCAAGCUUCGCAUUUACAGAGUUUGAUGUGGAUGGCAAACAUUCGUAUUCUUUGGCUCUACCUGACUCCAUAACAACAUGGGAAAUUCAGGUGGUCACAUUAUCUCCUGCUACUGGUUUCUGUGUGGUUAAGCCACAUGAAGUCAAAGCAUUUCAAGAAACAUUUGUGUCUCUGAAGCUGCCCUACUCGAUUAAAAAAUAUGAGCAACUUUCUGUAUCACCUGUAAUCUACAAUUAUGGCAAAGAACCACUGCAGCUGGCGGUUCAUAUGGAACAAACUGAAGGACUUUGCUCGCCUGCUUCUGCUACUAAAGUCUCCUACGUAACAAUGGAUGUUAAGCCACAAUCGUCACAGUUCGUUUCUUUCUCUGCUGUCCCCAUGGUAACUGGAUCAAUACCCAUUAAAAUACGUCUUUAUGACGUUGAAAAUAAUCGGGGAAUAGAUGCAGUGGAAAAAAGUUUGAAUGUGCAGACAGAGGGAUUAGAAGAAAGUAUGGAAGAAACCACAGUAGUUAAAUUAGAUGGGCAGAGUUCAAAGACUCUAUAUAUUGAUGGUGCUUUGCCACAUGAAACAGUUCCAGACUCUAGCUCUAAUAUAUUCAUUUCAAUAGAAGGGGAUGGAUUUGGCAGUUUACAAGCCAGGAAUCUUCUUUCUCCAGAAAAGAUUGCCAGUUUGAUUGUACUGCCCAAAGGAUGUUUGGAACAGACGAUGCAAAGACUUGUACCUAAUGCUUUAGCCCUCCGCUACCUCGACUUGAGUGAUCAAUGGUUUGACCUUCCUCCUGGCACAAGAGAUGAGGCUCUUGCUAACGUUGAACGUGGUUAUAUGAGAAUUUUUGAACUGAAGAGAAAAAACUAUGGGGUUUAUGGAACAUUCUCAUCAGUGCCCUCUAGCAGCUGGGUAACUGCCUAUGUUGUGAAAGUUUUGUCACUGGUAUCGGAACGUCAAACAGCAGUAGUUGGACAGCAGGGUCGGAGUAUCAAAGCUGUACCAACAGAAGAGAUAAGCCAAUCAGUCAGUUACUUGCUUUAUAAACAGCAGAGAAAUGGGUCCUUCAAGGACCAGAACCCUGUGUUACACAGAGAUCUUUUGAAAGACCAAGACACCUGGUUGACUGCUUUCAUUACGCUUGCAUUAAACCGCUCUCUUCCAUUCCUGCCAUCUAACGGUCAACUUGUAGUGGAAGCACGUAUAUUAAGAGCAACAGCAUAUCUCCAGUCCCAACUUGCAGAGCUGAACCAUACCUAUGUCUUGGCCUUAUCAGCCUAUUGUCUCUCAGUCUGUCUACCACAAGAAGCAGAUCGAUUACCUGCAUGGAGAAAACUUCAGUCAAGAGCAAUAAAAGAUGAGAAUCACUGCUACUUCUGGACUGACAAUCCCAAUUCAGCAAAUCAAGAUGUUGCAGAUGCCAUCACGAUAGAGACAACAGCCUACGCCCUUCUGACUGCUGUGGAAUUUGCAAAUUAUGAAUGGGCAGAUCAAAUAGCCUGUUGGUUAACCAGCCAAGAAAACUAUUUUGGAGGCUACAGAUCAACACAAGACACCGUCAUGGCGCUUGAAGCCCUGUCAGAGUAUGAACUAAAAAGGCCCAGACCAGAUGGAAAUAUAAAAGCAGAGUUCACUGUUCCAGGAAAGAAUGAAAUUGUAACACUUGCGUUGCAAAAUAAAAAUUACAAAGUGGAAACAGACUUGAAGAUACUUGCUGGGAACAACAUUACAGUACAGCUGACAGGAAAAGGGGAGUUUAAAUUGAAAACUGUAAAAGUCUACCAUCUGUUAGACCCAGAGGACGACUGCAGACAACUUUCUAUCAGUGUCACAGUGGAGGGGAAAGUGAAGUACACUGAUAAGAUUGUGGAAAAUUAUGACUAUUUUGAUUAUGAUGACACUGAGGUAAAGAAGGCGCAAGAGGCACCAUCUGUGAUUGAGCAUUUAGAUGCUCUCACAAGAAGCAGGAGAGAUGUUGAAAACAGCAUAAAUUCAGACAACACUGUUACCUACACUGUCUGUGUCAGUCUUAACCCAAACACUGUUCUAUCAGGAAUGGCUAUUGCCGACAUCACACUGCUCAGUGGAUUUGAAGCUAAAACUGAAGAUCUUGACAGGCUAAAGCAGCCACCUGAACAAUACAUUACCCACUAUGAGUUAACCUUUGGGAGAGUUCUGAUCUACUUCAAUGAGCUCUUUGAGCAACGAGAAUGUUUUAGUUUUGAUGUUGUGCAAAGUGUGCCAAUUGGCCUUCUACAGCCUGCUCCAGCUGUUUUCUACGAUUAUUAUGAACCAAGCAGAAAGUGCACUGUCUUCUACUCUGCCCCAAAAAGAACCAAGAUGGUCUCCACACUGUGUUCAGAGGACGUGUGCCAAUGUGCAGAAAGGCCCUGUCAUAAAAUACAGGAAACAUUCAAAUCAGAGAGAGGAGAAAGAAUCACAACAGCAACGCGUGUAACACACACCUGUUUCUUCCCGAGAGUGGAUUACAUACACAUUGUUGAGAUUCAGAGUGUUUCUGUUAAGAACAACUUUGAGCUGUACAAAGCUAACAUAACUGAGGUCCUCAAAUUUUACGGAGAUCAUCAUGUGAAUAACAGAUCUGUUCGAGUGUUUGCCAGGAGGCUUCACUGCAAAGGGGAGUUAGAACUAGGAAAACAAUAUCUCAUUAUGGGCAAAGACGGCUCUACUAAAGACUCUAAUGGACAGAUGCAGUAUCUGCUGGAAUCAAACACCUGGGUUGAAAAAAGGCCACUGGAAGACGACUGCAAAAAAUCUGUUAAUAGACAGAGUUGUAAUUACUUUAAUGAUUUCAUAGCAGAAUACAAGAAAAGAGGCUGCACACAGUAA